AUUAAAAUGAGCUCCUAUUUUGUCAACUCACUCUUCUCCAAAUACAAAACCGGCGACUCCCUGCGCCCCAAUUACUAUGACUGUGGCUUCGCGCAGGAUCUGGGGGGCAGACCCACCGUGGUGUACGGCCCCGGCGCGGGGGGCACCUUCCAGCCCCCGCCGCAGCUGCAGGAGUUCUACCACGGCGCCUCGUCGCUCUCCAGCUCGCCGUACCAGCAGAACCCGUGCGCCGUGGCGUGCCAUGGCGAGCCGGGCAACUUCUACGGCUACGAGCCGCUGCAGCGGCAGAGCCUGUUCGGGGCGCAGGAGCCCGAGCUGGUGCAGUACGCGGACUGCAAACUCGCCGGCGGCCUCGCCGAGGAGGCGGAGAGCUCCGAGCAGAGCCCUUCUCCCACCCAGCUCUUCCCCUGGAUGCGACCGCAAGCCGCCGGACGCAGGAGGGGGAGGCAAACCUACAGCCGCUACCAGACGCUGGAACUGGAGAAGGAAUUUCUAUUUAAUCCCUACCUGACCCGCAAACGGAGGAUCGAGGUCUCGCACGCCCUGGGAUUGACAGAGAGGCAGGUCAAAAUCUGGUUCCAGAACAGGAGGAUGAAAUGGAAAAAGGAGAACAACAAAGACAAGUUUCCCAGCAGCAAAUGCGAGCAGGAGGAACUGGAAAAACAGAAAAUGGAAAGGGCCCAGGAGGUGGACGAGGAAGGGGAAGCACAGAAGGCGGACAAGAAAUAAAGGGAUUUUUGAGGACUGAAAGGCAAGAGCUGCUGGGGUGGAGGAGCCCCCGAGCCCCCC